AUGGUUGGGCGAGUUGUAACGAUGACACCUCGCACUGAGGGCAAAGUCAAAACAAUUCAAGUUAUUCGUGACCUCAGUCCGGACCCGUCAGAAGUGUACCACAAAGGAGGUGGCCAUCUGAAUGGCAUUAUAGUUAACAAAGAAAAUUCAAACCGAUGUAAUGACUCAGAGACACAGGAAUUCCAGCUAGAAUUUACUUGCUUGAUGCAUAACAGUCGAACAGAUGAAGGGCACUCCGAAAAUCGCCGUCUUAAGUUCUGGUUUAUUGAGGACACUGAUCACAACCGAAAGUUACGUGAUUCUUAUGACUUUUUCAAGGACCUGGUUAACCAAGAAUCUUUCCCAAAAGAUUACGUUGGUUUUAUCAAACGCAUGCUGAAGCUGCUUCAAAGUGACCGUUAUCCGAAUCUGCGACGGGUCGAUUUAGAUAUCGUGCCUCUUGAACCGUGUUCACAAGACGCAUUUGUUCCGGAGGUAGAUCAAAGGCCUGUGGAGCUGGUGGUUCGUGAUGGCCUCCUUAGAACCCUGGAAGACGCCUAUCCCAAUGUGCUUUCAAUGGAUGAUCUUAUUCGCCUUACAAACCUCGAUGACACCGGGCUCUUGGUGAAACAAUUGAAGGAGCUUGAGAUGACCAAUUUCAUUCAACCUGUGUGUAUUGAGAGUGGGUCCGAGAAGAAAUUGGGCUAUCGUCGGAAACUUAACGUACUGCAUAAAGUUGAGGUUAUUGCCGGCGCUGCAAAGCUCAAGUCCAUCUCGGACGAACAGAAGCCGACUGUGGCGAUUAUAACAAACCUUUUGUGCGAAAAGUUGGCAGUCGAUUCGUUGAUCGAACGCAAAACCACGUACAUCAGAUAUGAGACAAAGGGCGACUCCAAUAUCUAUACCAUUGGAUACAUCGGUUCGGUGAAAGUGAUCUCCGUCAAGCUACCUAUGGUUGGUUGGGAACGUCAAGCGAAAAUAUCUUCCAGUGGUAUCAUCACUCGCCUUCUUGGUACAUUUCAGACAAUUCAGCACGUGAUCCUCUGCGGAGUGGGUGGUGGUGUGCCGCAUGUGUACGAAUUUAAAAAACACUCACGCUUGGGCGACGUUGUUGUCUCGGCUCCUAAUGAAGAGGGCUCGGGUUUUGAUAGCUCUCAGCCUUGGUAUGUCUUCUGCGAGACAGCUGAUUAUGUUAACGGUAAUGCUUCGUUAAAUUCGGAUGGAGAAACAAGCCAGCAAAAGCAAAAUGAAGUGGCUUUCACGCACAAGAAGUUUGCUCCAAAGAAUCCCAUAUUGUUGACUUAUGCCAAGGCUCUUUUGGAAUCCGGUCCCACCUCUUGGCAUCCAAUAAUAGAGGAUGGGCUGAGUAACCUCAAGGACCAUGAAUUCAACUUCAACCGACCGCCGGCUGAGACUGAUAAGCUCAAAAUUCAGAUCGGCGACGAGAUGAUUGUGGAUGUAAAACACCCCGAAUCUCCGGGCGAGAUGUCGCCACCGCCUCUAGUCCGUCUUGGGUGCAUCGGAUCCGGCCAUGCGGUUACUCAGAGUCAAAGUUUUCGCGAUCUCUUUGCUGUCAAUCAGAAUCUUCUGGCUUACGACACCGAGUUCGACCAGGUGCUCGAAUCUCUAUUAGGAAAUGGCGUUGGCUCCUUCCUCAUUGUCCGUGGUAUUGCAGAUUAUGCUGAGGGUCGACAAGGUACUGAUGCGGGAACAACCUCAACGAGUUGGCAACCCUACUCGGCCCUUACUGCAGCGGCAUUUACUCGAGCUCUUGUCCUUAAGUUGCCGUCUAUGGAAUCACCAAGUCACUUUGCCAGUUAA